AUGAUUCAAUUCAUAUUUAUCACAACUGGAUUAUUAACCCUGACCUCCGCGUACUGCACACGGCAACAGCUCGCUUCAGCCGUUGAAUCCUAUCUCUCCGCCCAACUCCAUGGCAAGCCCUCAAUCCUAACCCCCCACCUCGACAACUCCACCUGGCUUGGAUACUACGAAAACAACAUCCACCUCCCCCUCAAUGCCAGCAUUCUCAACCAACCCCUCGCCAUCACCCACAAUCGCUCCCUCUACGACACUACCGCCUGCGCAACCUACACCGAAGUCAUCGUAAACAGCAGCACACGCCCCCACGUCAUUGGCACUCAACUCCGCUUCACAAACCACCAGAUCAAUAAACUCGACUCCGUCAUCACAAAGCCCGGCGACUGGCUGUUCAACAUAACAGGCUACGCCUACCACUCCCCACGCGAGAACUGGGGCCCCAUUCCGGAACCGCAGCGUGACACCCGAGCAACCCUCAAAGCAGCCGCAGACGCCUACUGCGAUGUGUUUAGCAACCCCAACGUGACUGUGCCGUGGGGAACGCCGUGUGUGCGGCUCGAAGGUGGAUUGUACGGCGAUGAGGGGCCCAAUGGGUCAUGUGCAGGGUUUAUACCGACGGCGGUGCCGUUGACGAGGAGACGGUAUGUGGUUGAUGAGGUAGUCGGAGCGGUGGAUGUGAUGAUGGAGUUUGGGAGGAGUGGGUGGCCGGAUUCACAUGAGUUUAGGGUCGAGGGCGGGAGGUUGAGUCACGAGCGACGUUCUGCACCUUGGCAAAAUAUGUCUCCUCGCGAAGUGCUUCCUACGUAUCGCAGUUACAAUUGA